AUGUUUUGCGAAGUGAUUACAGAGGAGCUCGAGAAGGAGGCUACUGCGGCCGGCACGAUUCAAGGCAUGUUCAGGCGCUGCAAUCGCAUGGGGUUGGUUGAACCCGUGUGCGACCAGUUUGUCACCGAAUACGCGAAGCGCAUCUUCUUCCUCGCUCGAAACGGCGUCCCAGCCGCCUCCAUCUGCGACAAGCUAAGUCUGUGCGGCGUGCGACGAUGA